AUGUCCACUGAAGUUUUAGUUUUAAGAGGUACCUUAGAAGGUCACAACGGUUGGGUCACUUCCCUAGCCACCUCCGCUGGUCAACCAAACUUAUUGGUCUCUGCUUCCAGAGAUAAGACUUUGAUCUCCUGGAAGUUAACUGGUGAUGACCAACAAUACGGUGUCCCAGUCAGAUCUUUCAAGGGUCACAACCACAUCGUUCAAGACUGUGCUUUAACUGCUGACGGUGCUUAUGCUCUAUCUGCUUCUUGGGAUAAGACUUUAAGAUUAUGGAACGUUGCCACUGGUGAAACUUAUCAAAGAUUCACCGGUCACAAGUCCGAUGUUAUGUCUGUUGCCAUUGACAGAAAGGCUUCCAUGAUCAUUUCUGGUUCCAGAGAUAAGACAAUCAAAGUCUGGUCCAUCAAGGGUGACUGUUUAGCCACUUUAUUAGGUCACAACGACUGGGUUUCCCAAGUCAGAGUUGCUCCAAAUGAGAAGCAAGAAGAUGACAAUGUCACUUUGAUCUCUGCUGGUUCCGACAAAAUGGUUAAGGCCUGGAACAUCAACCAAUUCCAAAUCGAAGCUGAUUUCGUUGGUCACAACAACUACAUCAACUCUAUCACUGCUUCUCCAGACGGAAGUUUAGUUGCUUCUGCUGGUAAGGAUGGUGACAUCAUGUUAUGGAACUUAAAGCAAAAGACUCCAUUAUACACCUUGAGUGCUCAAGAUGAAGUUUUCGCUUUAGCUUUCUCUCCAAACAGAUACUGGUUAACUGCUGCCACUGCUACUGGUAUUAAGGUCUACUCUCUAGAAGACGAGGUCUUAAUCGACGAAUUGAAGCCAGAAUUCACUGGUUACAAUAAGGCUGCUGAACCACAUGCUGUCUCUUUAACCUGGUCUGCUGAUGGUCAGACCUUAUUCGCUGGUUACACUGACAGCAUCAUCAGAGUCUGGCAAGUCAUGACCUCUAACUAA